AUGGCUGCUGGUUUUCAACAAAGUCACUUGGAUUAUUCUUUGCUAAUCAAGAAGUCAAGUGUAGGCAUUGUGAUUGUUUUGAUCUAUGUUGAUGAUUUGUUGGUUACUGGUAGUAGCACUGAACUGAUUGAUGACACUAAGCAAAUUCUGCAAAACAACUUCAAUAUCAAUGACUUCGGACCAUUAAAAUAUUUCCUAGGGAUAGAGUUUGCAAGGAAGAAUAAAGGGUUUCCUAUACAUCAAAGGAAAUAUGCAUUAGAGAUCAUUUCAGACUUGGGAUUAGGAGGAUCCAAGCCUAUCUCUACACCUGUUGAAGUGAAUAUGAAGUUAACUACAUUAGUUUUUGACAAGUAUAGUGGGUCUUCUUCUGAUGCAGUACUGCUAGAUCCUGGAGAAUACCAAAGACUGGUUGGGAGGUUGCUUUAUCUUACUGUUACAAGACCUGAUUUGUCUUAUGCAGUACAGACCCUUAGCCAGUUCAUGAAUGCUCCAAAAAGAUCCCACAUGGAUGCUGCUAUAAGAGUUGUGAAGUACAUUAAACAGGACUCAAGUUCAGGCAUCCUCCUAGCUGCUCAACCAGAUGGUUCCCUUUAA